AAAUUGUGAGCUGCGUUUGACUCAAUCAGAGAGAAGUCAUGAACACUCACAAUAAUCGAUACGCAAAAUGGAAACAGAGAGAGCUUGUUCUUAUACUCUUAUACGCCAUCGCUUUUUACGCUUAUGUCGUAUGGAGAUCGAUUCGUCUCUCCCACGAUCAUUACUUCAAGCUCCAUGGUUUAGCUCCUGGUUGGCUCAUUCCUAAUCGACGCAAUGAUGUUUCUGAUGCUCAAUGGAGGAAUUUUCGAGGAAAUUUGCCGAUUCUUAGCUUUGUUUUCGCGGUUUUCACUGUGAUUGCAAAUGGGUUUAGGUCCUUUUUCCACCUGAAAGCUAAAGGAAUGGUGAUCUUGUGGCUUUCGAUGUCGUUUAUAUACUUGAUUUACUUACAUGGAGCUUGCGUCAUUUACAUUCUCUCGAUUGCAACAGCCAACUUCCUUCUUGUUAAGGUUUUUGCACGGACCAAAUACUUUCCUUUCAUGCUUUGGACGUUCAACAUAUUUUUUCUCUUCUGCAAUCGCAUUUAUGAAGGAUAUUCGUUCUCCAUUUUUGGGGAACAGUUUGAAUUCCUGGACAACUUUCGGGGCACUUUUAGAUGGCAUAUAUGCUUCAACUUUGUUGUUCUGCGCAUGAUAAGUUUUGGAUACGAUUAUCACUGGAGCCAACUGGAUUCUCAUUUUGAUCAAGAGAAACACGUAACGCGCUGUUCCUUAUGUAAGUUGGGGAAGACUUGCUACGUAGUGCGACAGGAGAGAGGUCUAGCAAGUGAUAGCUGCAGUUUUUCUCUAUACCUUUGUUAUUUGGUGUAUGCACCCUUGUACCUUGCGGGGCCAAUCAUAAGCUUUAAUGCAUUUGCUUCUCAGCUAGAUAUGCCACAGAAUACUCAUUCAUUUAAAGAUGUUGCUCGGUAUGGAGUGCGCUGGUUAUUCAGCUUCUUGCUGAUUGAACUUAUGACACACUUAUUUUAUUACAAUGCCUUUGUGAUCAGUGGUCUGUGGAGAGAACUAUCUCCUGUGGAGAUAUUUAUUGUUGGAUAUGGGGUGCUAAACUUCAUGUGGCUUAAGUUCCUUCUUUUAUGGAGAUAUUUCCGCUUUUGGUCUCUGGUGAAUGGCAUUGAAACUGUUGAGAACAUGCCGAAUUGCAUUAACAAUUGCUACAGCCUGGAAUCAUUCUGGAAAACCUGGCAUGCCUCAUUUAAUAGGUGGCUUAUCAGGUAUAUGUAUAUUCCUCUAGGUGGAUCACGAAGAAAGUUUCUGAAUGUGUGGGUUGUAUUUACAUUUGUUGCCAUGUGGCACGAUUUGGAAUGGAAGCUUCUUUCAUGGGCAUGGUUAACAUGUUUAUUCUUCAUGCCAGAAAUGAUACUGAAAUCAGCAUCCAAUGCAUAUAAGGUUGAGAGUGCUUUUGGAGAAUUUCUCCUUCGUGAACUCAAGGCGUUGUCUGGUGCCGUCACAAUCACAUGCCUCAUGAUUGCAAAUCUUGCUGGCUAUGUCAUUGGACCAUCAGGUAUAAACUGGAUGGUCUCCAGCUUUAUUAAGAGAGAAGGAAUACCUGUUCUGGGUGGUGUGUUCUUUAGCUUGUACGUGGGUACAAAGAAUCAAUAUGAAAUCAACUUUUGCAACGGCUUUUGGAUGGAAGAUCACAGACCACCUGCACUUGAUAACAGCAAAAUGAAUGCUUUUGAAAGAGGGUGUGGUGGUAUUCGGUAUAGCCUUGUCAAAACCAUCUCCCCCAAAGAAAACACAUCUAAAGUUUCACAUUCCAUCGAUGUAUUAUCAAGAUUUGCAACGUUUGGUGUACAUAUGCUACUUUCAUGGUAUCACGGACUAUUCUGUGUAGCUGAAGACUCAUCUUCAAGGCACUCAUUUGAUGGCAAGAUGUCACCAGUGCAACAAGCGUAUUUCAAUGGAACAAAGAUGUUUCAUACAGAAAAUGAUGUUUUUUCUGAAGCUAAGUUUCCUAUGGUUGGACUCACUCUGAUUCAAUCUGCAGCUGCUAAAGGAGCUGUGUGUUUGGAUGGAAGUCUUCCCGGAUACCAUUUGCAUCGCGGGUUUGGUUCAGGAGCGAACAAUUGGCUCGUUCAAUUGGAGGGAGGUGGAUGGUGUGAUACCGUUAGAAAUUGUGUAUAUCGUAAAACCAGUCGUCGUGGAUCUUCUUCGUAUAUGGAGAAGGAGAUACCAUUUACCGGCAUUCUAAGUAAUCAAGCCGCGGAAAAUCCAGACUUUUAUAACUGGAAUAGAGUAAAAGUUCGGUAUUGUGACGGUGGAUCGUUUAGCGGGGACAGCGAAAAUAAGGCUGCACAACUUCAGUUUAGAGGAAUGCGAAUAUGGUUAGCUGCUAUGGAUGAUUUGAUGGCAAAAGGAAUGCGUCAAGCUAAGCAGGCUCUGCUCUCUGGAUGUUCUGCUGGAGGUCUUGCGGUGAUUUUACGAUGUGAUGAUUUCGGGAAAUUGUUUCCUCCUUCCACCAGAGUGAAAUGUCUGAGUGACGCUGGUUUCUUCCUCGAUGCUAUCGAUGUGUCUGGAGGUCGAUCUCUUAGGCGGUUAUACGCCGGUGUGGUAAAAUUACAGAAUCUGCAAACCAAGCUUCCUCAGGAUUGUGUAAACCGUCUUAAUCCAACUUCGUGUUUUUUCCCACAAAACUUAAUCAACCAAGUCAAGACUCCACUUUUUAUUCUAAAUGCUGCAUACGAUUCGUGGCAGAUCCAAGAGAGUUUAGCUCCAAAAUCUGCAGAUCCAAGUGGAAGUUGGAAUGACUGUAGACUUAACUAUGCCAAGUGCAAUCCAUCUCAGAUCCAAUUCUUGCAAGGUUUUAGGACGCGAAUGGUGAAUUUGGUAAAGGGUUUCGCGAUGCCAAGUAAGAACGGUGUGUUCCUGAAUUCGUGCUUUGCUCAUUGCCAAACAGAGAGGCAUGAUACAUGGUUCGCCAACAACUCUCCUGCGGUUAAGAACAAGGGUAUAGCAGUAGCCGUGGGAGAUUGGUAUUUCGAAAGAGGAGGAGCAAAGCUCAUAGACUGUGCUUAUCCUUGUGACAAGACUUGUCACAAUUUGGUCUUUAAAGUUUAAUGAUAGAUUUAGUUUUUCUUUGGUAUCAAAAUUUAUUUUUUUAAAGAAGCAUCCAUUUAUUCAGGCAACACAAUGAAAUAAAAUAAAACCCAUUUGAUUACUAUUCCCUACAUUUCUCUCACUUUGUGCCUAGAAACCUCAUAUCCACUAGUCCAUUACUUUACUUAUGUGAACUAUCCAUUUUUUUCUUCUCUGUUUUGUAAAUUGAAUAUCACAUUCUGUUUUGAAUCAAACUGUGAAAUCAUU